CAAGACCCGGAAGCGCUCAGUCAGUCCAAGAUGGCGUAUCAGACGCUGCAGCAGGAGUAUUUACAGAUUCCUGUUGUCACCAGAGCUUACACGACGGCCUGCGUCCUCACCACCGCUGCAGUGCAGCUGGAGAUCAUCACACCGUUCCAACUCUACUUUAAUCCAGACCUGAUCCUGAAGAACUACCAGGUAUGGAGGUUAAUCACCAACUUCCUGUUCUUCGGUCCAGUGGGCUUCAACUUCCUGUUCAACAUGAUUUUUCUGUACAGGUACUGUCGGAUGCUGGAGGAGGGAUCCUUCAGGGGGAGGACCGCUGACUUCGUCUUCAUGUUCCUGUUUGGAGGACUCCUCAUGACCAUCUUCGGCAUGUUUGUGAGCCUGGUCUUCCUGGGCCAGGCCUUCACCAUCAUGCUGGUCUACAUUUGGAGCCGGAGGAACCCCAACGUGCGCAUGAACUUCUUCGGCCUCCUGAACUUCCAGGCCCCGUUCCUGCCUUGGGUUCUGAUGGGGUUCUCCCUCCUGCUGGGGAACUCCAUCAUCGUGGACCUGCUGGGCAUCGCUGUGGGGCAUGUUUACUACUUCCUGGAGGACGUGUUUCCCAACCAGCCCGGGGGGGGCCGCUGGCUGAAGACCCCGUCCAUCAUAAAGAUGYUGUUCGACACUCCGGAGGAGGAAGACCCCAACUACAACCCCCUGCCCGAGGACCGACCUGGGGGCUUCGCCUGGGGGGAGGGGCGGCGCCUCGGAGGGUAGCGCUGUCCUGUUGGACUGCGGGGUCAGCUGCAGGCUCCAGGACCCGGGACCGUCCCUCGGACCCAUGAAGGACUCGACGUGGUCUUUGUUUUCGUUGCUUGGGUUCUGGCUGCAGGAAGCCCGACGAGCAGAACUGUUUGAGCCAACGUUCUGGUGUUUGUGUUCGUGGACUUUCAUCAUGUUCAGGAAGUCUUCUGGGUGCCAGAGUGUGUCCCUGAGACGCACACAGACUAUGGACCAAGAGUCCCUGGACUCACACGAUGGUGGUCUUCAUCCCUGAUACAAAAUAUUAACAUGUGGAAAAGAAACAAAUGAUCAUUUAAUUCUAUAAAAUCUAUUCAGACCAGGAGUCUUUUUUCAUUUCUCUUUUUCAAACAAUAAACAUGUUGCAGAUGU